AUGCCUUAUUUUUUACAUUCCUUCCCUGCAUUUGCCGAUUUCUGUUCUAAAGACCAAAACUGUAAAUUUAAAUCUUCGUUAAAUAAGAGAGUCUGCUGGGGGUAUGAACUCAGUGAUUGCUAUAAAAAUAUUUCCUAUCAUGUGCGACCGCGAUGUCCUGGUGAUCAUAAAGGUUGGGUGAAAACAAAACAGGCUCAGUACGACACUUUUUACACUCAAGCCGAUUUUGGAUAUAUAAAGGAACAAAUUGAAGAACUUAUGGUGAUGUGUGAAGCUUCUUUAAUUGAAGAUAGCUCUUUGGAAUGCUCAAAAUAUUUAAGGUUCUGUAGAGGACGAAAUCUUAUGCUAAAUUUUACAGGACUUGAAGGACGGGGAGACAACUUAAGAUACAAAACGGAUAUCCUAGGCCCUGGACAAAUUGGUGGUCAUUGCAAUUUCUAUUCCGAAAGAUUGAUGAAGGAAACUGAGCACAUGAGCGCGCUACAAUCAUGGGGCCCUGAGUUGGUCAAUUUUGUUAAAACCGCUGAGAGACCAAUCGCUGAUGCAAAAUGUGAUGUGGUUAUUGAAAAACCAACCUACAUAAUGAAAUUAGAUGCAACGGUGAACAUGUAUCAUCAUUUCUGUGAUUUCUUUAAUUUGUAUGCUUCACUGCACGUCAACUCAACUCAUCCAGCGACAUUCUCCAGAGACAAUCACAUUCUUAUAUGGGAGACAUUCACCUAUGAGUCUGCUUUUAAAGACACAUUUAAAGCAUUUACAGUAAAUCCUAUAUGGGAUUUGAAACAAUUCCGUGGAAAAACUGUGUGUUUCAAAAAUGUUGUCUUUCCGCUUUUACCACGCAUGAUAUUUGGACUGUAUUACAACACUCCUGUGAUAUAUGGCUGUGAAAGAAGUGGGUUGUUCCAUGCUUUUUCCAAGCAUAUUUUGCAUUCCUUGAAGAUUCCUCUCCAUGUUCGUGAUAAUGACAAAGUGAGGGUUACAUUGUUAUCAAGAGGCACUACUUAUAGAAGUAUUUUAAACGAGCAAGAAAUAGUAAAGGCAUUGCUAAAGGUCAAGGGGUAUCAUGUGCAGCGAGUUGUGUAUGACAGAAAAAUGCCAUUCAUCGAGCAACUAGAGAUAACACAUAAUACAGAUGUGUUCAUAAGCAUGCAUGGAGCUGGCUUGACUCAUUUAAUGUUCCUACCUGACUGGGCAGCAGUUUUUGAAGUUUAUAAUUGCGAAGACCCCAAUUGCUACUCGGAUUUGUCAAGACUUCGGGGUCUUAAGUACGUGACAUGGAUGGACAAAUCUAAGCUAGUGCAGCAGGACGAAGGUCACGGUCCUGGUGGAGGGUCCCAUGCAAAAUUUACAAAUUAUUCCUUCGAUGUCAAGGAAUUUCUGAGAUUAGUAGACAUAUGUGCUUCACACGUGCGUCAGAGGAAAGACUUCCAAAGUUUUAUUUACGGUUCGAAAAAAUCUCACGAUGAACUAUAA